CUGUAAAGAUGUCAGACAAUGAAGUCCAGUAUGCUUCUGAUGAUUUCAGAAACAAGAGAUCGGCAAGAGGACUUUUGUCAGACAAAGAAGCAAAAAGACGUCGCUUGUAUCAGAAGUUGUUUUAUUGUUUUGGGAUUCUAUAUGUGAUUUCGGUGAUGGCCUUUAUUGGAGUCCGUGUCUACUACCUCAACAACAAAAUCAGUUCUGAUUUCAAAACCUUGGCUCAAAACUUCACAAGCUGCAAAAAAAAAAGUUCACACCUCAACAUCCAGGUUCAAAACUUGACACAACAACAAAACAACCUGACAGCAGAAAUUAGUCAAGUUAAACAGAACAACCACGACUUGCAGACAAAAAUUAAAACUCUCAGAGAAGAAAUAAAAACUUGUGAAGACCAGAAACUCAGUCAAGUUCUGCAGAUCAUUGAUGAAUACUGUCCCAAAGAAAACAAUGGGAGACGUUAUAGUUCUUGUCCGAAAGGCUGGAUUCACUCUCAGUCCAGCUGCUAUGCAGUUAAUGAUGCUGUACCUAGGAAUCAGAAAACCUGGGAAGAAGCACGAGAAGACUGCAGAAGAAAGAGUUCAGAUCUGACUAUUGUUGGAAAUGAAGAAGAAAAGAAGUUUGUUGAUGGCACUAGCUGGAAGGAUGGUGAUGGUUUAAUAAAAGGGUUCUGGAUUGGUCUCAGAGUUGAAGGAGGGAAAUGGAAAUGGAUGGACGGAAGUGAUCUGACCAAUCAAGCCUGGAUAAACCAGCAGCCUGCAACUGAUGGUCAAUGUGUAACUUCUCUCCAGAACCAAGAAUGGACAUCAGUGAGCUGUACUAAAAGAAACGGCUGGAUCUGUGAGAAGAAGGCUUUAUCUGUUUAAACAUAAAAUGUUAAGAUUAUUCAAAAAACCUGGAAAGAAAAUAUCUUAACAUUUUAUUAAUUUUAUUUUACAAAAGCUGUCAUGUUCUGCUUUUCUGUGCAUUUAUUUCGAGUUUCUGUGUCUCUGAGUCUCCCUAUUGU